AUGACACCUCAUCUCAAUCCACCAACCCACCAUACCCAUGCCGAACCCAAACCAAUGCCUCCCACCGGCCCUCCAAAUGGCGCCCUCUCCUCCCAGCCAGCGGCCCCCUCCUCCACCCUCGCAAACAUCACCGAAUCAGCCUCCCUAGCCUCCAUCCGCGCCUCCCUCUCCGCACUUCACUCCCGCGACGCAGCCAUCACCUCGCGCCUGCAGACCCUUAUCACCUCCCAAGCUGACCUUUCUCGCGAACUCGGACGGCUCGACCUCCUGCGCGCGCACCUGGGGACCCAGGUCGUCAAUACACGCAAUAUCAGCAAUGGCAUGCUGGAUUCCGCGUCCUCGACGGCUUCACAUCUGUCUUCUAAAGUGAAACAAUUAGAUCUGGAGAAGAAGCGUGUGGAAGAGACGCUGGGGGUGGUAGAACAAGUCGCGGAGCUAAAAGCAUGUGUGCAAGGUGUUGUGGGCUCCAUGGGCGCACCGCAGGACUGGGAGGCUGCUGCUGGAUACAUUGCGCGGGCUUCCAAGGUCCCGAAACAUAUCAUAGAGGGCAAAUUCGCAGCACGGAUUGUUCCCAGUGUGGAAGUGCCUGAUGCGCCGGGAGUGACGAUCGAGAGCGCGAAAGAGAGUCUUUGUGGGCUUUUCCUCAGAGAGUUUGAGAAAGCUGCCGAGGAGGGGGAUAAUGCUAAGAUUACGAGGUUCUUUAAGCUGUUUCCACUAAUCGGGAGGGAGGAAACAGGGCUGGAGGUUUAUGGACGAUACGUCUGUCAAGGUGUUGCGCAGCGGGCGAGGGGCAAUCUGAAGGAGGGGACCAAGGGCAGGGAUGGGAAGGAGGGGUUCUUUUUCGCAAAUGCUAUUACGAAGCUGUUUGAGCACAUUGCGCAGAUCGUGGAGAAUCAUGGCACGCUGGUGGAGAGACAUUAUGGGCAGGGACGUAUGGUGAAGGUUAUUGAGCGCCUGCAGAUUGAGGCGGAUGUCCAGGGAGGUAUUAUUUUGGAUACGUGGGGGGAUGAGAGGAGUGUUGAUCGGAGGUUGACGGAUGUCAAGAGCUACCCAUUUUCGUUCUUGGUGUCGAGCUUUUUGCCCGCCCAAAGAGGUCCAGGAAUAUCGAGAACGAACUCACCUGCGAUUGGCGGUGGCACGAAUGGCCGUAUUAGUGAAGACGAAGGUGUUGAUAUGAAGGAGGUUGAUGGGCUUCUGAAUGAGACGGCUAUGAUGUUGGGUAGAUGGUCAUUGUAUUCCCGGUUCUUAGCCAGCAAGUGCAGGGAUCCGGAAAUUGAUCCAGACGAGCCUCUGGUUAUGCCAGAACUGCUGAUCAAAUCAGCGUUGAGUCGGAAAAUAUCUGCAAGGCUCACCACACCUUUUAAUAUCAUGACCACAUUCUUCUUCAGAAGAUCCGUGGAAAAAGCUUUUCAAUUGGACGAAUCACCAGCUGGACUAUCUCUCAACCUAUCAAAGCCAAUAGACGGAAAUCCACCAUUUAUUAUAUCACCAGUCGACGAUGUAAUGUACAUCGUCAAUACCGUCCUCCAACGCUCACUAUCGACUUCCCAAAGAGACGUGAUUGCUUCCGUCAUCCCCACCAUCGGCCGAGUCCUAGGCUCUGACUUCGUCGGCAUGAUCCAACGGAAAAUGCGCGAUGAGUCCUAUCCCAAAGCUGCGAUACAAGGCGGUUUUCCUCCAGAAGACAAAAUUUUAUCUUUCAUAAUCCUCAUCAACUCCCUUGAUAUCGCAAACGAUUACAUAGCCCGCAUCGUCACUUCGCGGAUCUCACCAAAUGAUCCAUCAGCCGCCUCACUCGCAGACCUCUACCCCUUUGCACACGACGCCACAUUCGUCAAAAAUUCUCUUGAAUCAUUAAACGCCACCUUCUCAUCAAAAACAGGAGAACUCAUUACAGACGGCCUGACCGUGCUGUUCGAGAGAGUUGUGAAACAACGCCUACGACCUGUCGUCAGGGACGUGUUCCGCGACGUGGACUACACCCUCACGGAAGAAGAGCUCGAUGAUCAAGCAAGGCAAGACGAUGAAGACGAAGCGGACAUUCAGCAUGACUUAGUAGCGCGACGCUUUGAGCAUGGCUGGGAUUCAAUCAUGAAGCCUAUACAACGGAUCAUAACACCUAAAUGCUUCACCCUCCUCUUAGACUCGACCGCGAAGGAUCUCGCGAAGGUACUAGAUAAAAGAAUUUGGGGCUAUGCUGGUAAGAUGAGCGUACACGGCGCUAGUCGCAUGGAGCGUGACUUCUCUGGUAUCAUCGGCGUCGUAGCGAGAGGCGGACGCUACGGCGUUCGAGAUCUGUUUGCGAGAGUCUCACAAGUCUGUAUGCUUGUCAAUAUGGAAGAAGAGGAAUGGGAGGCUAUUAAUGAGGUUGAGGAGGAAGGAGAAGAGGAGAUGGCUUGGGUCCUAACUGAAGAUGAACGGAAGAGGGCCAGGGCUCUUGUCAGAUAA